GGAAACGAAUACUGUCCUGAAAAACAUGCUCAGGAAGUUGAGGGAUAUAGAGGUAGAGCACCAUGGCUGCAGCCAGAUGCUGAAGCUCCAGGCCAAUCGUCUGGAUUUCAAGGAAAAACGUCAGGAGAGGCUCAUCAAGGAACUGGAGGCAGCUACAGUGAAAACAAAGAAACUGGAGGAAAAUGCUGAAGCAGCGAGACUAGCACAUAUAGAAUGUAAAUACACGACAGAAAUCAUGCAGUUAAGAAUUCAAGAACUUGAAGAUGCUCUGAAUGAAGAGCAAGGCGGCAGGAGAGAAGCUUUUACAGUGGUAGCACAGGAAGAUUUCAGAGAGUCAGAAAAUGCACAGGAAAGAAGAAAAAAAGAUUUACAAAGACAACCUUCAUCCUUAAAUGUGCAAUGCAGAGAGGGGGCUAAGGAUAGGAACGAAACUGAAGAGCCCUCUGGGAGAUUAGUGAAUGCUGCAACCAGCUUCAGCCUGCAUGAAGGCCCAGAGUGGCUUGGAAACUUCUCUUUUUCUGUCAAAGCUCUGAGCAUGGAAGGUAAAUGUGGUCUGUUCCCUAUUGAUAGGAGCAAAGACCUGCAUCAGAGGGUCUUCAGAUUUGUGGGUGUCUUUUCUUCAGUUGAUGGAGUUAUUCCACACUUUGUCUUAAUGUUAUCCACUGCCCAGGCAGACCUGUAA